AAGUCAGUCGCUACUCGCUGUCAUUAUUCUUUUCAUUCCUCUUGAAUGGAUUUUGUUUAGAUCUUGUCUUAUUUCAAAGGCUCACGAUUAUAAUAAAGCAAUUUAGGCUUCUGAGAGAGUAUUAAUUGUUCCAAAAUGUUACGCAGUCUCGUAGAAUAUUACGCUGAGCAUGAGCAAUAUAGAUGCGGUUAUUGCAAGAGGCCAGACACUAAUUAUAGUUAUGGUUUGUGGGCUCAUGCUAUGACUGUGUCUGAUUAUCAAGAUUUAAUUGAUAGAGGAUGGAGAAGAUCAGGAAAAUAUUGUUAUAAACCCACUAUGGACGUAACUUGCUGUCCCAUGUACACAAUACGUUGCCGAGCCUUACAGUUCAAAACUUCAAAGUCUCAAAAAAAAGUAUUGAAGAGGGUCAACAAAUAUUUGCUUGGUGAAGAACUAUUGCAGCCCGCAACGGGGGCUGGGGCACGGAAGAUGUCCACUUGCAGCAGUGGCAGUGAUGUCUUAGGCGAGGGGUUUGAUGAAGGUGGAGAGCAGUUCAUAGAAACUUUAAGAGAACACCAAGAUAUUAAUAUAGAUGUGGUUAAAAAUAGUGAACUCUUGGAUAACCCAUCUGGCGAAGGAGUUGGAGAUAAUGCUUCUCUCAUUAAUGAUAUGAAAAAGAACCAAUCAGAAACUGAAUUGAAACCUGAAGUCAAACAUGUAAAAAAAGAUCUAGGCCCGGACCCAAAUAAGGCACCUUGUAAAAAGGCUAAACAAUUGCGACGGGAGAGGAAGCUUGCGAAACUAAAAGAGAAGGGCAUUGACGUCAUCCCUGAGCCCAGUAAAAACAAAGAAAAACAAAUCGAGGACAUUAUAAAUGAAUUGCCCAAUGAUGUCAAGCAUAAACUUGAGAUAAAGUUAGUAAGAACAUCACCACCAAGCCCUGAAUGGUUGGCAACAGCAAAGGAGACGCAUGAAGUCUAUGUCAAGUACCAAACAACAGUACACAAUGAUAAGCCGGACAAGUGUACUGAACCCAAGUUCAGGGAUUUUCUUGUGCAGAGCCCUCUGUUGGAAGAGCAUCGUGACAACGGUCCUCGCUCGGGCUACGGCUCCUUCCACCAGCAGUACUGGCUGGACGGCAAGCUGAUCGCCGUUGGCGUCAUUGACAUCCUGCCCAAGUGUGUCUCGUCCGUCUACUUCUUCUACGAUCCGCAUUAUAUGAACCUCACCUUAGGAACUUAUGGCGCUUUGAGAGAGAUCGAGUUCACGCGCCACUUACAUUCAGUCUGCCCUCAAAUCGAGUACUACUACAUGGGCUUCUACAUCCACUCCUGUCGCAAAAUGAGGUACAAAGGGAGCUUCUAUCCAUCCGACCUCUUAUGUCCAGAGACCUACAAAUGGUUCCCACUACUGGACUGUAUCCCAAAACUGGAGGCAUCGCCUUACUCAAGACUAGAUCCAGACGUCGACAGCGUUGACGAAAACUAUCCUAAAGAGAGUGAUUUGAAUUAUAUACCGAUGUGGGUGAAUGGGGCUGUCAUGUUGUAUAAAGCAUACAAGAGGCAUUCGGCUGGCAAGAAGAAUAGCAACAAGGCAAACGAACUGGAAGUGUACAUGCGCCUCGUUGGUGGGAAGACGGCUAAGAGCUUGAUAUUAGUACGAUAAUCCAACGUAAAACUUAAAUUAGAAAAUUUGGUCUUAUAUGUAUUAGUUUGUUUAAGAGUUACAGGGAGUGGUGAUUAUAGACACUAAUUAUACGAGUGGAGCCAACGAAGAACUUAGAAAAAUAUCAAUUUUAAAUGUUUGGGAUUUUUUUAUGACUAGGUAAUGAGAUACAUACUCGUAGAUGUGUGUACUUAUCAAGAAAUUGACAAUUUGUAAUGAAGUGUGCAAAGCUCCUUCAAGUAACUUAUAUAAAAGGACCCGAAUUGAAAAGUUACUGUUUUUGACUCUAUUUAAACCUUUAUUAACUUGAUGAAAUUAAAUUUCAAUGGCUUUUAUGAUUUUAGAUGGUGUGUUCAAAAAUUUCUUCUUGAAUGUUGUGCUACUAUUUAUUGUGUUACGUAAAUAAGUAUUUUGCCUGUUUCUUUGAAACUCUAGCUUUUAAUAUUACAAGUACAGAUUGGUGUUGUUUCCCUUCUCCUUAACGAAUAGUAUUUAACAAUAGGUAAGUCCGUGUUUUUUACCAUUAUUAAUAAAACAAUGACUAGUAUACACUUCUCCAAUUCCAUUUUCUGUAUGUUUGUUUGUGGCUCUUAAAAUGACAAGUAUUAAAUAACAUGUAUAUUUUUGUAGAAAAUCCAUUAAAUAAAUUCAAUUUUAGUAGAGUUUAAACGUAAGUAAAUCGGAUUUUAUUUCACUUUACACUUUUUUCUAUUCCAUACUGCAAAAAAAUCAGGAAUAUUUUCAGUAAAACUUCUCGUCACACUAAUAAACAAAUAUAUAAUGUUUUUGAAUACAUGCGAGCUUAGAAAUUAGUAAAUUGUAAAUAAUUGUUGCAGUAUUUUUGUCUUCAUAUUAUUAUUGAACGCUCAUAAGAUGUGAUGCAUAUAGACCACCUAAACGCCUAAAUGUAUGGCACUAAAUAAGACUAGUGAGUUUUGUAUUGGGUGCCGUUGAAACUCUGUAAAAUAAUGUGUUUGACUACCUUAAUGCUUUUAACCCACCUAAUAACAAUCCGAUGCUAUGUUACGUUCUUGUGUACUUAAUAGAUAAUUAUAUUUUUAAAUAAUAACUAGUCAUUAUAACUACUAUUAUGU